GCGGUCUCUCCCUCAGUAAAUCUUCCUCCUACAUGUUAGUUUUGAAACUGUUCCUUUUCUUUUUCCAGGAAACCUUUUUAUAUCCUCUCCCUCAACAAUUUCCUAACUUCAUCACAGGUUUUUGAUCUGGGUUCGCUCUAGAAAUCGCAAUUUUUUUUUUUUUUUGGUUAAUUUUCUUUCGACGGGUGGAAUAGAAUACAUGGAUCCAGCUUCAAGUCAAACAGAGUUCGAUUACUUGUUCAAGUUGCUGAUGAUCGGGGAUUCCGGCGUUGGAAAGAGCAGUCUUCUUUUGAGUUUCACUUCUGACACCUUCGAAGAUCUCUCACCCACCAUUGGUGUUGAUUUUAAGGUGAAAUAUGUCAAUCUUGGUGGUAAGAAGCUGAAGCUUGCAAUUUGGGAUACAGCUGGUCAGGAAAGAUUCAGAACAUUGACAAGUUCAUACUACAGAGGUGCACAGGGGAUCAUUAUGGUUUAUGAUGUAACGCGGCGAGAAACAUUUACAAAUCUUUCUGAAGUUUGGAUCAAGGAAAUUGACUUAUAUUCAACAAAUCAAGACUGCAUCAAGAUGCUAGUUGGAAAUAAAGUUGACAAGGAAAGUGAGAGAGUUGUGACAAAGAAAGAAGGAAUAAACUUUGCGAGGGAAUAUGGGUGUCUUUUCAUUGAAUGCAGUGCUAAAACACGUGCUAAUGUUCAACAGUGCUUUGAAGAGCUGGUUCUAAAGAUUUUGGAUACCCCUAGCCUUUUAGCUGAGGGAUCCAAAGGUAUCAAAAAGAACAUCUUCAAACAGAAACCACCCCAGGCUGAUGCAUCUACAAGCAGUUGUUGCUGAUUUUCUGACUCAAUUUCUGAUUUCAAGCCCCAAGCAUGGUCGUUCACUCAGCUGGAGACCAUCGAUUGUGCUUGGUUUCUAUUUAACAGGAAAUGCACAUUGCAUGUAGUAUACUAUUAUUGUGAAUAAUGCUCGCCCAUUGCCAUAUCUUGCGUUAGGUUCAGAGAUAUCGCUGCGAUACCAAAACAAUUCAGUUGUUAAAAAACAAGCAAAAAAGAGAGAAGGUUUUCAUUUGUGAUAGAAAAUUACCUUUUUCGGUGGUAUAAGGUUUGAUUGACGAUGUGUGUGUAAAAUAACAUCCUCUAGUAAUCAUUUCUUGUGAUUUCUGCCUGAGUUGGAAAAAUUGGAAUUGUAAUUAAAUGCAGAUUAUUUCGUGUAUAUGUAACGUCGACGAACCACUACCUCCGUCUCCUAAUAACUGAUGGGUCUUUUUUUUCUUUUCUUUUCUUUUUUCCAUAAGAGUUUAUGGAUAAUUUGUAUAUUUAUUUAUAUUGUCCUUACAAAAGAUUAUAUAAGAAGGAAUUUUGGUGGCAGGUGAAAAAUUGAAGU